UUUUUUCCUCUCGAAAAAAAACGAGAGAGGGGAAAGAAGAAUGAACACUUACAAAACCUACAGUGAACGUGCGAAGCAACACCCUAAUGCCUGUGCUCGCUCUCUUUUUGAGCUUAUGGAGCGCAAACAAACAAACUUGUCUGUUGCUGUUGACGUGACUACCAAAAAAGAAUUGCUUUCUAUUGCUGACUCUGUAGGUCCUUAUGUUUGUGUUCUUAAGACCCACAUUGAUAUUGUUGAAGAUUUUGAUGCUGAUUUGGUUCAACAAUUGCAAGCAUUGGCUGAAAAGCAUGAUUUCUUAAUCUUUGAAGAUCGCAAGUUUGCUGAUAUUGGUAAUACUGUCAAACACCAAUAUGGUAAAGGUGUCUACAAGAUCGCUUCUUGGUCUCAUAUCACCAAUGCUCACACUGUUCCCGGUGAAGGCAUUAUCAAGGGGCUUGCUGAAGUAGGUCUUCCUCUUGGUCGUGGUCUGCUUUUAUUAGCUGAAAUGUCAAGUAAGGGUGCUUUGACCAAGGGCGAAUAUACUAGUGAAUCUGUUGAAAUGGCUCGUCGUAACAAAGACUUUGUUUUCGGAUUCAUUGCUCAACACAAGAUGAACCAAUACGAUGAUGAAGAUUUUAUUGUCAUGUCUCCUGGUGUUGGUCUUGAUGUAAAGGGUGAUGGAUUAGGCCAACAAUACAGAACACCUCAUCAAGUCAUUGUUGAAAGCGGUGGCGAUAUUAUCAUUGUGGGUCGUGGUAUUUAUGGUCAGCCUGAUCAAGUGGAAACUCAAGCUCAACGUUAUCGUCAAGCUGGUUGGGAUGCCUAUCUUGAAAGAGUUCGUAUCAACAAGCAAUAAAAUUAAUUUUGUACAGUA